AUAAGGAAAAAGGGGGUAGGAAUGGGGGAGGAUUUGAAAAUGUCAGUUCUGGGAGGAGUCAUUCGGAAUGAGAGAGGGACCCCAGGGGCUGAGGAUAUUUCUGAGGUGGAAGUGGUUGACUCAAUGGUUCAGCAUUUUAAAGUAACAAUAUUUGGAGACCGGAGACCAGUUUAUGAUGGUAAAAGAAGCCUCUAUACAGCCAAUCCACUUCCUGUAGCAACUACUGGGGUGGAUUUGGAUGUUACAUUGCCUGGAGAAGGUGGAAAAGAUCGUCCUUUCAAGGUGUCAAUAAAAUUUGUGUCUCGGGUGAGCUGGCAUCUGCUGCAUGAAGUUCUGACAGGACGGGCUUUACCUGAGCCAAUAGAACUAGACAAACCAAUCAGCACUAACCCUGUUCAUGCUGUCGAUGUGGUGCUACGACAUCUACCCUCCAUGAAGUAUACUCCUGUUGGUCGUUCCUUUUUUUCUGCUCCUGAAGGAUAUGAUCACCCUCUGGGAGGGGGCCGAGAAGUAUGGUUUGGAUUCCAUCAGUCUGUUCGACCUGCCAUGUGGAAAAUGAUGCUUAAUAUUGAUGUUUCUGCCACUGCCUUCUACAAAGCACAACCUGUAAUUCAGUUCAUGUGUGAAGUCCUUGACAUUCAUAAUAUUGAUGAACAGCCAAGACCUCUGACUGAUUCUCAUCGGGUAAAAUUCACCAAAGAGAUAAAGGGUCUGAAGGUUGAAGUGACUCAUUGUGGAACAAUGAGGCGGAAAUAUCGUGUUUGUAAUGUAACAAGAAGACCCGCCAGUCAUCAAACCUUUCCUUUACAGUUAGAAAAUGGCCAAACUGUAGAAAGGACAGUAGCACAAUAUUUCAGAGAGAAGUACAACCUCCAACUGAAGUAUCCUCACCUUCCCUGUCUACAAGUGGGACAGGAGCAGAAGCAUACUUAUCUGCCUCUGGAAGUCUGUAAUAUUGUAGCAGGACAACGGUGCAUUAAGAAGCUGACAGACAAUCAGACAUCCACCAUGAUCAAAGCAACAGCAAGAUCUGCUCCCGACAGACAAGAGGAAAUUAGCAGAUUGGUGAGAAGUGCAAAUUAUGAUGCUGACCCAUUUGUUCAGGAGUUUCAGUUUAAAGUUCGAGAUGAAAUGGCCCAUGUAACGGGACGUGUACUCCCAGCUCCUAUGCUGCAGUACGGAGGACGGAAUCGAACAGUAGCAACUCCAAGCCAUGGAGUAUGGGACAUGAGAGGGAAACAGUUCCACACAGGUGUUGAGAUCAAAAUGUGGGCUAUAGCUUGUUUUGCAACUCAGAGGCAGUGCCGAGAAGAAAUAUUAAAGGGUUUCACAGACCAGCUCCGUAAGAUUUCCAAGGAUGCAGGGAUGCCCAUCCAGGGCCAGCCUUGUUUUUGUAAAUAUGCACAGGGUGCAGACAGUGUGGAGCCUAUGUUCCGGCAUCUCAAGAACACCUACUCAGGACUGCAGCUCAUCAUUGUUAUCCUACCCGGAAAGACACCUGUAUAUGCGGAAGUGAAGAGAGUAGGAGACACACUUUUGGGAAUGGCUACUCAGUGUGUUCAAGUCAAGAAUGUUAUAAAAACUUCUCCUCAGACCCUCUCAAACCUGUGCCUAAAGAUUAAUGUUAAACUAGGAGGAAUCAAUAAUAUCCUUGUACCUCAUCAAAGACCUUCUGUGUUCCAACAACCAGUGAUCUUUUUGGGAGCUGAUGUCACUCAUCCACCUGCUGGUGAUGGGAAAAAACCUUCAAUUGCUGCUGUUGUAGGCAGUAUGGAUGCCCACCCAAGCAGAUAUUGUGCCACAGUAAGAGUUCAAAGACCUCGACAGGAGAUCAUCCAAGAUUUGGCCUCCAUGGUCAGGGAACUUCUCAUCCAGUUCUAUAAGUCAACUCGGUUCAAGCCCACUCGCAUCAUCUUUUAUCGGGAUGGUGUUUCUGAGGGCCAAUUUCGCCAGGUGUUAUAUUAUGAGCUGCUUGCAAUUCGAGAAGCCUGUAUCAGCUUGGAGAAGGACUACCAGCCUGGCAUCACCUACAUUGUGGUGCAGAAACGCCACCACACACGGCUAUUUUGUGCUGACAGAACCGAAAGGGUUGGAAGAAGUGGAAACAUCCCAGCUGGAACAACAGUAGAUACAGAUAUUACUCACCCAUAUGAGUUUGAUUUUUACCUCUGUAGUCAUGCUGGAAUACAGGGUACCAGCCGUCCCUCACACUAUCAUGUUUUGUGGGAUGAUAACUGUUUUACUGCGGAUGAACUUCAGCUGCUAACUUACCAACUCUGCCACACGUAUGUGCGUUGCACUCGAUCUGUUUCGAUACCUGCACCAGCAUAUUAUGCUCACCUGGUAGCAUUCAGAGCCAGAUAUCACCUUGUGGACAAAGAACAUGACAGUGCUGAAGGAAGUCAUGUUUCAGGACAGAGCAAUGGUAGAGAUCCACAAGCUCUUGCCAAGGCUGUACAGAUUCACCAAGACACCUUACGCACAAUGUACUUUGCUUAAAAAAAUGGAGUCCAAGUAUAUUCUUUGAGGGAAAAACUGAAAAUGAAUUCACAUACAACGUAUGUUUCCAAUGGGGUCAGUUGAAAGGGCAUGCACGCCUCCAGCCAUAGGGAGGCCAACACUAUGUGGGGGCCAGGGGCUUAUCCUCAAAUUGAUGCUCGGAAGAUUGUUUACUUCAUCAAGGAACAUAGCUCUAUUAUGCAAUAUGAAACCAGCCAACUGCUUUUUGUGCGGUCUCCCGAAGGAAGUAUCGCAAUCCAUUUUUUUCUUGUAGUUAAACCCUUCUAAUGCCUUUACCUCAAGUUGUUUGGCAGCACAACUAUCUUUGCAAAAAAGAAAAAAUUAUGGUUUAACAAAUAUAUACCUACAGGAAUAAUCAAAAUAAUUGUUCAAAACAAG